CAAUCACGAAGUAGACAAAUCCAAAAGCAAAGUGUACCUCAUCUUCUUUCUUCUUUCUUCUUUCUUCUUCUCUUCUCCACCACUAUGCAUCUCUCUUAACAUAACACUUUCUUUCCCAACCAACUAUGAUGAUUAUCGACCCUCCCAUUGCCACCCGCUUCCACCUCUCCUCCUCCUCCACUCGCUUUUCCAAUCUCCAUAAUAACCGUUCAACGUGGAAUGCGGAGGAUGUGAAUGGUGGUGGAUUAGGUUACGUGGCGUCGUGUAGACUUGCUUGUAGCUGCGGUGGUUUUGACGCGCCGUGGAUAAGAAGUAAAAAGUACCUGGGCACUCCAUUUCCCCGGAGAAACAAACUUGUGAAGAAUAGAAUUCGAGUAUCAUCACAACAUCCUAGCUCAGACCAGGAACCUGUAAAGAAAAAUGAGAAGCCAUCCUAUCACCCAUUUGAGGAAAUAGCUGCCUCCACAUUGGAGAUUAGUGAGGAUGUUAGACUUACUGCAGCAGAAACAAGUAGAACUGUUAUUGAGGUUAACAGCAAAGCAACAAUGGUGUUUUCAACUUUCGUUAAUGAUGAAUAUCAUGAUAAUAUUGUUUGGCCAGAUUUGCCAUAUUUGACAGAUGAACAUGGAAAUAUAUAUUUUCAAGCAAAGCCCGGUGAAGAUAUUUUGCAGUCCCUAACUUCAGAAAAUAAUUUUGUGCAAGUCAUAGUUGGUGUGGAUACCAUGGAAAUGAUCUCCGAGAUGGACUUAUCAGGUCCAUCAGAAAUUGACUUUGGGAUUGAGGAAAUUGAUGAUGAAGAUACUGAUGAUUUAGAUGACAGUGAUGUUGAAGAUGACGUAAAUGAAAAUGAAGAUGAGAAUGAGGAUUAUGACUCGGAAUGGCUGGCUGUUCUAUCAGAUGACGAUGAGCUUGACGACGACGAUGAUGAAGCACUUGCAGAUUGGGCAAAAUUGGAGACGAUGCGAUUUUCUCAUCCAAUGGAUUUUGCUAAAAAAUUGACUGAGAUUGCUUCAGAUGAUCCAAUUGAUUGGAUGGAGCAGCCUCCAGCUUGUGUAGUCUUCCAAGGAGUUAUAAGACCUGCGUUUAUUGAAGAAAAUUCUCCAAUACAGAAGCAUCUAUCUGCCAAUCAAUCCAGUACUGCCGAAAUUAGUAAAGUAACAGAAAAUAAAGAAGAAAGUGUUGGUGCGAUUAAUGGUCAUGAGCACAAUAAAGAGUCAUCUGAAGAUAACGCAUCACAAAAGGUGGAAAAUAAUGAGAAUGGUGAUACCCCUUCAGACGAGACUUCCUUUUACAGAUUGGAGAUUGUUAAGAUUCAAGUGUUUUCUGCACAUGGACAUCCUGUUGUCCUUGAAGUAGAAGACUACACGAAAGCUCAACCUGAUGCUAUUGCAAGGUCAUCUUCCAAAAUUAUAUCUCAUUUGAAAGCUGCUGGAGAAUCAGAAAAGACGUUGCAAGCCCUUAAGUCUCUCUGUUGGAUAUGCAAGGGUAUUCAAGUGGAGGAGGCACAACUUAUCUGUGUGGACUCGCUCGGGUUUGACGUAAGGGUUUGUUCAGGAACUCAAGUUCAAACACUGAGAUUCGGAUUCAAGAAAAGGGCUACGUCGGAAUACAGUGCUGAGAGACAACUCAAUGAUAUACUAUUUCCAAGAAAUCACCCCAAGCAACAAAAAACGAAGCAAACACAUCAAAAUGAAUGCUAAAAUGUCACUUCGCACGUGAAAUUUUGUAUGGCUUGUAUGCUUUUGGCCAAUGAUUGUGUACAGAAGUGAAGGCAGGGUAAAUGUCCCAUGCAAAUGCCAAUGAGGUUGUGUAAUUUUUGUUGCAUUUAAUCAAUAAUUGGAAGUAAUGUUUUUCCUCAGUUACUUCCUUGUUAUCCUGUCUCCUAAAUUUUUUUUAUAAACGUUUUCAUACUAUUUGUUGUGCAACAAGUAACUAGAGACGUUAGUCGUGAGAAGCUAAUGAAUUCGCUUGUUGUUCGUCAA